AUGGCGGGACCGGAACAAGCAGCAAGGCAGUCAAGUGAAGUAUUGGGCCAACGGCGAUCAUUAAGUGGGAUGUGUCCGGUGAGAGCAGCAGCGGUUGGAUUUGUGAUUGUUGGUGGACUUGGCUACAUGGUCUUGUAUAGCAAGAAGAAGCCAGAAGCUUCAGCAGGUGAUGUCGCUAAAGUUAUGUCCGGUGUCUCUGGUACUACUGAGAGUACUCGUCCUCGUAACUGA